AUGUCUGUCCCUGUUCAACACCCUGUUUAUUACUUUCAACAUGGCAUGCAUGUCUUUCAUGUCAAAAAUACACUUUACAGGUUGCAUGGCAAUAUCCUCAGUAGCCACUCCCUCACUUUCAAGGAAAUGUUUGAGCAUGCUGGAACCAGCUUGUCUUCUGAUGAGAAAAGUGAUGAUGAAAGUGAUGGAAAAGUCAAGCAGCAAGCUCUGUUUGACUUGUUUCUUGAUCAUAUCUAUGGCCAUUCAUGUCAUGUGGGUACUGCUGAGGCCUAUUCUCACCAAGAAAUAUUUGCUUAUCAUCUGUCAGAAUUUGUCAGGCUAGGUUGUGAUUUCCACAUCCUGAAGGUUUUCACCUGUGGUUUCAAGGAGCUCCUCCACUUUCUGCUCAAGGAGAUUAGCAAGGAGCAUCGUCAGUUGAUAGGUGAGAAGGUAUUUGUUGUGGUGGUGUACAUGAAAGCCAUGCUUGAUGAGCACCACAAAAUUAUUGCUUGUGAAGAACCCACUAUCCUCUCCCAUGCAGAAGUAGAAGCUGGUCUUAUAUUUCACAAGAAGGACAGGGAGGGAUUGGUGCCAAAGGAGAUGCUGCUGGGGGAAAUCCUAGAGGGUGAGAUGACUGAAAUCAUUGAGGAGCCAUCUGUGUGGAGAGAAUUCCAGAGGAUCUUUAGUUUCUCGCACUCCCUCUGUCCUUAG